AUGGGGUUGCUUGGCGGAUCGUCGAAUCGACUGUCUCUUUUUGCUAUCAGAGUGAUUUUACCAAUAAUUGUCAUUGUGUAUCUGGGUUCUGAAAUUAGAAGAAAAUAUCAUCGAUAUCCAGACGAAGAAAAAGUUAUCACACGAGAUUGCAAACCAGACGUUGUUGCUAUUACUGAUGAUUCUGGGGAGGACGCUAUGAACGAAAUGGUUUCAGUCGCUUUUAAUGGCGACAAACACGUCACUGCAAUGAAACAGGAAAUGCUGCGUGAACAAAUGCAGAUUGGACGAUUAAGGUGUAACUGUCCAGAGCCACCAGUCUGGUUGCAGCCUGUAAAUAAAAGACGAAUUGUAGAAGGAAAGAAGUGGGAACAUGAGAAGAAAAAGCGUCUAGAACCAUUGUCUGUCUGCAAAGCGAUGUCUCCAUUCAAUUAUAUCGGAGGUGGUAUCACCGUGGAUCCGUAUCAAACAGUGCCCAUCAUUGGAUUGUCACUUCAUCCAAUUGUAGAUCAAAUGUUACCAAACUUGAACACAGAUAUUACACUACAAAUAGCAUCUGUGAGGAAGCUGGGAAAACCACGUUUAAGCAAGUUGAUAACUCCAAUGAUGUUAGCAAACCACGUCAUAUCCGGUGAAAAGACGUUUGAAUUGAGAAUUAAUUUGAAGCAAAAUAUAGAGCUCUUGAAAAGAAUUCUCAACAAUAAUAUUCUUUAUUCCAGUGAUAACUAUGAGCUUGAUGCCCGUGAUAAAUUACAAAUCACAUUACUGAAUUUCACAGCUGAUAUCUAUGUUCGCAUUCGGAGGGAACCAUUGCCAGAUCUGUACGAUCCUGGUGAAAGAAAUUCAGUCAUCGAUAAAGUCACAGUCAUCACUAAAACAUUUGAAAGACCAGAUGUCAUUGAGCAGUUUGUUGCUAGUGUUCACAAAUACUACCCAAAUAUAACAAUAAUAAUUGCAGAUGACUCCGAAUUUCCAAAACCGAUCAAAAAGGACAAUGUUAAAUACUUCGUCAUGCCUUUCAGGGAAGGAAGUUUUCCAGGAAGAAACCUUGCCUUGAGUCAGGUCAGAACAAAAUACGUUGUGUUUUUAGAUGAUGAUAUGUACUUUACGAACAAUACCAAUCUGGAAAUUAUGAUGGAAAAACUCGAAGAUCCAAAUAUUGACAUGGAUAUAAAUUGUGGUGAGGUAAAAAAUCUGGGAAUACUCAAAGGACUUCGACAUAUUGGUUACAAUGAUACACAGGGAUAUUGUAAUCUGGGACCAUUUUUUCCGCGUAAUAACAUUGUACCUGGAUACCCACAGUGUGUAUGGGGAGAAAUGUUCAUGUUCUUUUUCAUGGCUAAAACAGCAGUUCUCCGUAAAAUUGGUGCAUAUCCACAGAUUGUACAGGCGGCCCACGAAGAGGCAUGGAUAGACACGAUAGGAAAAGCAAAGAGUGCUUUUUGUGGCGACAGCUCUGUGUACCACGUACACGGUAAAAAUGCCAAAUACGAAGGGUUUCGGAAGGAGUCAAAAUCUGUGUUGUUUUCUGAUCCAAUCGCCCUGUUUGAAAACAACAUGUGCUACUGGUGGAGUUUUUACGAAUUUCCAAAAACUGGUAAAUCACUUAAAAUCAAGAGUCCACUCAAUUAA